ACUUAGCAUCAUAGGAGCAUAGAUCUGAUUGGAAGAAGUCGUCAGAUCCAACCCUCUUAUUUAACAAGUGAUGCAACCGAAGCCCAAAGAUGUCAAAUGACUCAAUUUCGAGUUGGUGAAAACUUCUGACUUUCAAACCUGACUUGAAAAGGAACCACCAGAAUAAUAACCUCAAUCAGUUAUUCAAGCUCUGCUUAAAGACGCUCAGAGAGGAGAGUUCUAAUAAUACCGGAGGCAAUUCAUUCCACUUUCCGAUUGUCUUCAUUAUUAGGAAAGAAGGAGGGAAGGGAGGUGGAAUAGAAGGAAGAAAGGAAAGGAGGAAGGAAAGAGAGAAGAAAAAAGGGAGGAGUAAAUGGGAAAGAAGGAAAGAAAAGAGGAAGGAAGAAAGAAGAAAGAGAGGGAAGAUUUUCCUGAAUUCUCUCUUUGCCACUUCCGCCUUAUUCUGCUUUCUGUGGCCAAAGAGAAUAAGUCUAAUUCCUUUUCUUCAUGACAGACUUGAAAAUAUUUGAAAACCAUCUCUUAUUUCCGAAUCUUCUCUUCUCCAAGUUUGUCCAAUGCCAUACAGGUAUUAGAUGAGAUUUGAAUCCUUUAUUUUACCUUCAGUCCCAGAAAUAGGAACUGCUUCCCACCUGGGGCAACGCAUAAACUUCAGCUGCAUCAUCCCCACAGAUUCAAACCCAGGGACAGAUUCUGAAAUGAAAAGGAACUGGGACACGGACUAGGAGUUAGGAAAGAUUGCGGCAAGAUGAUGCAUCACCUGCUUUACCAGAGACAUACUUCUGCCUUCUACGCCCAUAAACAGACACGCAUCCUGGCUCUAAUAUUUACCAAAACUGUUAAUCACUCAACCAAUUUCCUUUCUUCCUUUUAGUGAAACUAUCUUGAAAUGAAAUGAGCUGUCUCAAUUGUAAAACGCUGAUUUGUAAAACAAGGGAAGUGUACUGGACUAUCUCUGAGGUCUUUUACCCAACUCUAGAAGCUGGAAAUGUCAAUUGUCACUUGUGCUUGAAUCUUUAAAACCGAAGAGCAAUCACAGCCCUGCAGCCCGUAGUUGAAACCUAUUUUCACAGGCUCCUCGGUGCUAAUACACUUGGGAUAUACUGAGCAUUAGAAGAGGAUCCCAGAGUGGUGGGGGAGAGAGGAGAGGAACCCCGGCUAGACAACCCAAACGUAAUCUUUCCAAGAUCGAAUUCAGCACCCGCCAGUACCCCACUGGGGAUCUAGCUGGAAGAGGGAAUCCGGACCAAUGUUUUGACUCUACUAGGCUUCCACGCUUCACCAUGCUUAGCUGCCCGGAGUUCUGCCUGUUUUCUCUUUACCAAACAAUUUGGGUUCUAGAGCCUAUCCAGGGCCCAGACAGGUAUCGGAGAAAUGGAAACAGUAAGAUGCUGAGCCCCACGCCGAACUCGCGGACCCACCCCCGGGGUCGAGGAGAGCUCUCUCCUGGUGUGCCCCGGCCUUUAUUUUCGCCCGCCCCUCCGGGUCAUGUGGGGCCUCCGAGAAAAGGACCCGUUUGUUUGCCCCACCCCCUCCCUCCCAAAAUGGCAGCCUCCAGUCGUGCACAAGUGUUAGAUCUCUACCGGGUGAUGCUGAGAGAGAGCUCCAAGUUCGCCUCCUAUAAUUACAGAACUUAUGCCAUCAGAAGGAUAAGAGAAGCCUUCAGAGAAAAUAAAAAUGUAAAGGAUCCUGCACAAGUACAAAUUCUAGUGAAUAAAGCCAAAAGAAACCUAGAAGUAAUUCAGCGACAGGUUCCAUGGUAUUCAUGGAUGUCACAACUGUACCCUACACUAGUAGGACAGCAUUCCCUCUUAAGUACCAUAUUGAAAGCAAUGUCACCACAGAUCUCUUCAGGAGGGUGCCUGAUCCACAUUAGUCAACUGUACUUAACUGACAAGCUUAUAAUUGAGAAUCAGAAGCCGAAAACCUAAUCAAGUUGAGAAGCUCUCUAGCAACAGCCGUGGACCAUCAUCAGCAGACUGUGCCCAAGGAUAUCUCGCAGCAUGAUUUCUGUUGCCUUUUACAUCGCCUUUAAAAAAGCCUCAUUCUCUGCCAGUAGAAACUGAAAAACUGAAAAAUGUUUCCAGUCUUUUGCUGCCUUAGUGGUAGAGUCUGAGAAUUCCUGUGGUUCAUGUGCUCAUCGGUAUAGCAAGAGCUCAAUCAAAGUAAUCUGUCAAUUAUCUUUUUCAACUUCAUAUUCAAGUUCAUCACCCAUUGUAGAAAAUAUUUCAAAACUUUGUUUCUUGGUCUUUUUGACAAUAAAAAAAAAUGUAUGUAUGA